AUGAUGAGUCCAGGAGCAGAAGAGAGAUGCUACUCCGAAUCAAGAGGAAAGUUAAUAUUCGCAGAAAAAGGAAGACCAGUUCAUCAAAUCGUUGAGAAUCUCCCUCGACCGCUGACUCAUGAACUUGAGCGUCGAACGCGAAAUCCAGGCGGCGCUGAUGACCAAUUCCUCGAGAGCACGAACGUCUGUCACGAAGAACUUUCCUUCGCGGAAAAUGUCGACCUUUUUGGCAAACUCGCUUCUGGCGCUGAGUUCGAAGAACGCGACUUUUGUCUAAAUCUGGGACUCGGAUCGAGAAGAACUCGUUCAGCGACAAGUUGGACAAGUUGUGUUGCCUUCGUCGGAUUUAGUAACUCGGGAGAGAAACUGGUCGUUUCUGAAAGCGAUUCUAUCGCCAUUUUUAGCUGCGUAACCUGGACAAAUGAAGGAACCUGGUGCAAUUUGGAAGGCCCUGCUUUGAACGUCUGUUGGUCACAUGACGAUCAAAAGAUCAUUUUCGCCAUCAAAAACAAGAUCUUCAUCGCGUCUUUCGAAGGAAUCAUGGGCCCGGACGAAGAAGCUCGCGAAAUCGAAGGCUUCGAAGGCGACGUCCUCCAAAUGUCCUGGCAUAAUCAACGCCUCGCAGUUGCGGUUGAGGGGCUCAGCGAUACGCUUUUGUACUCGAAAAAAAAGAAGUACUGGAAAGUAAAAUCUUACAGCUGGUUCGCCAAACAUCAGAUUCCUCAAGAAGAAUGGAAUUGGACGAUUCAUCGUUGUUUGUUGCUGACUUAA